GAACCGCGGUCAAGGGGCAUUAUCUUCUUCACUUAUCUGUAUCCCUCGGGUCAACCCGACCCAGUUUGCAACCUAAAGUUGGAGCGAACAUCGAAAUCGCCAUCUUCAUUUCCUGCUAUCUCAGCGGUAAAAUGGCUCUCCUGGUUCGGAACGCCCGGCGGCUGGCCCCGGCGGCGCCUCUUCUACAACGCGCCGCGACAAUCCACACCACUCUCCCUGUCUUGUCGCCACAACCGUCGUCCACGCCGACUACUUACUCGCGGCCGCCUCCUCCUUCCACCUCGUCUCCGUCGGGACUGUCUAAGACAGCCGAGUUUGUCAUCUCGAAAGUCGACGAUCUGAUGAAUUGGGCCCGCCGCGGAUCCAUCUGGCCCAUGACCUUCGGCCUCGCUUGCUGUGCUGUCGAGAUGAUGCAUACCGGAGCUGCGCGCUACGAUCUCGACCGGUUCGGUAUAAUUUUCAGGCCCAGCCCGAGGCAGUCCGAUUGCAUGAUUGUUGCCGGCACUCUCACCAACAAAAUGGCCCCUGCUCUUCGCAAGGUGUAUGACCAAAUGCCGGAACCAAGGUGGGUGAUCUCAAUGGGAAGCUGUGCAAACGGCGGAGGCUACUACCAUUACUCGUAUUCCGUAGUCCGAGGUUGCGACAGGAUUGUCCCCGUCGACAUAUAUGUCCCGGGCUGCCCCCCCACUGCAGAGGCACUCCUCUAUGGACUUCUCCAGCUGCAGAAGAAAAUCAACAGGCGCAAAGACUUCCUUCUUUGGUGGACAAAGUGACAGACACUCUGUAUCUCAUCUUUGUUUUCUUGUCUGUGGAGAAUAAAUUGAGACAAAUACUGAACUUUUCACUGGUAUGUUGUGUUGAUGUGAGGAAGAAGAAAAAAGAAAAUCUCACAUUUUAAGGUUUGACUGUUGAUGGUUAAUACAUCAGUUGUAUUAUUAUUGUACGAGUAUGUGGGAAUAUGUCUGCAUAUGUUUUUAUGGACAUGUUGAAAAACAUAUUUACUCGUUAAUUGAAUGAUGUUUGUUUUUAUUACGGAGAUGGUGGUUUGUUAAGAAAAAGGCCUCCACAAAAAGCUUCAUGUUAUGAAUGAAAAUAUGGUCUCAUGUUAUAUUAUAUACGGGGUAGAAUAUUUUCUUUCUAUUUUACCAUGUCUAUAUUUAGUUAUCAAUGAGUUUUUUUAGCAAUGAGGUAGCCCAAUAUAAGAUUUAGCCCUAGGGUUCCUUCUCAACACUAUCUAUAUUAACCCAUAUUAUUCCCAUCUUCUCGCAAUCAUCUUCUUCCCCACCAUUAAUCAGAACUCGCAGCUUUUCUGCAUCUCUUCUUCUUCCGUUUCCCUUUGAUCUGAUAUCUAUAUUUUUAUAUUAAUUAGAAAUCGAUUGUUUUGAUAUGUAAUUGAAAGAUCAUCGGCUCCAUACAGAGUCAGCAGCAGCCGCCGGUCAAUGGCGGAUCCGUCUGCCGCUUGGAGCCCAAACGGAUCUUCCGGCCGAAGACUCAUGUUUUUAUCCAUCUGGUUUCGAUUCAUGACACAAUAAUCCGGAAACAUUUGUUCUCCCUCUGAUUUCUUGUGAAUUUAUUUAGUUGUCUUUUCCAAUACAGUGAAUUGAAUUGGGGCACUCGAAACAGACGACGGGUGUUUGGUGAAAUUACGAUAUUAAAAAACACCUUUUGCACGGUGCCGAUAGAUGAAGCUACCCAUCACCACUGGAGGAAUUUUGUGUUUUUUUCUGCCAUUUUUCUCCAAAUUUAUGGUAGCUAAAUCCUGUUUAAUUAUUGUUAAUAAUUUUAUUUUCGUAAGUGCGAUUUUUUGUUGUUGAAGAAAUUAGUUUCUGGGUAAAUUGCGGUGAUGAGAGUGUUAACAUAUAAGAAGACCGAACUUUGUGUUCCCAGUCUUCAAUGAAAUUCUCUUGUUACGCUUGGCUUCUGAGCAUUUUACCAAAUUUAUGUAGUUUUGGUUUUUUGGUUAAAGUUUCCAUAUUUCCUGUAAAAAUUUAGAAUACUACUGUGACAAAUUUCUGAUUUUACAUUUAUUUCAUUACUUUCAAAAUUGUCCUUUUUUUGCAGGAAUUCUCAAUUAAUCACCUCACUUAAAACAAUAAAAUUGUGUAAUAUCU